AGGACGAGUACACUUGCCCAAAGCGGAAUAGCUUAGCGGAACCCGCUAGACGCACCCGUGCACCACGCCGCUCUUUAUACGCAAAACCGUUAUAUCAACGUCCCCCACUUUAAUUAAAGUCCUUAGCGGAAUUUGUUAUCAAAAGCUAUUUAAACGGAGGUAGUCCCAGUAGUAUACUCAGCAGUAGAAUAGGAAACCAGAACAGAAUGUCGCUUUCAUACGAGGUUAGUUUACCAGACGGUACCAAAUUUAGUCAACCAGCCGGGUUGUUCAUUAAUAAUGAAUAUGUUAAAUCCAAAUCAGGUAAGACCCUAGACUCAAUUAAUCCAGGAACUGGAGAGGUCAAUGGACAUGUUUACGCAGCCCAAGAAGAAGAUGUUGAUAUUGCCGUGGCCGCUGCACGCGAAGCAUUCAACAAGGGAUGGAAGAAGAGUAGCGGAGUUGAUCGAGCAAACUUAUUAUUUGCGUUUGCCAAAGAAUUGAAGGACAAUCGUGAUUUAUUAGGUUCAAUUGAAGCUUGGGAUAGUGGUAAGACCAAGGAUCAAAAUGCAGUCUACGAUAUUGAUGAGUGUAUUUCGUGUUUUGAAUACUUUGCUGGAUGGGCUGAUAAAAUCCAGGGUAAGGUUAUUCAACAUGAUCCAUUAAAAUUGGCUUAUACUGUUCACGAACCAUUUGGGGUUUGUGGACAAAUUAUUCCAUGGAACUAUCCAUUAGCAAUGGCAGCCUGGAAAUUAGCCCCAGCAUUAGCUGCUGGUAACACUGUUGUAUUAAAAUCAUCAGAAAUUACUCCAUUAUCAAUUUUAUACUUAGCUCAAUUUUUCAAAAAAGUUGGCUUCCCACCAGGGGUUGUCAAUUUUAUUAGUGGUUAUGGUGCAGUUGCCGGUAAAGCGUUGGCUGAACAUUUAGACGUUGAUAAAAUUGCCUUUACUGGGUCCACUGCCACUGGUAGAGUAAUUCAAAAAUUAGCUACAUCAAAUUUGAAAGCAGUAACUUUAGAAUGUGGUGGUAAAUCACCCUUGAUUGUGAGAAAAGACGCUGACUUGGAGCAAGCAGUUAAAUGGGCUGCUGUUGGGAUCAUGUCCAAUCAAGGUCAAAUCUGUACCUCAACUUCUAGAAUCUAUGUCCAACAAGAAGUUUACGAUGAGUUUGUUACCAUGUUUGCCAAACACGUUGAAGAAGAGUAUAAACAAGGCCAUGUCUUUGAAUCCGAUGCCGUUGUUGGUCCUCAAGUUUCUCAACAACAAUACGAUAAAAUCUUAUCAUAUAUAGACAUUGGUAAAAAAGAAGGUGCUAGAUUGGUCCUUGGUGGUGAAAAAAAUACCGAUCCAAAAUUAAAGGAUGGUUACUUCAUCAAACCAACCAUUUUCGCAGAUGUGAAACCAACCCAUCGUAUUGUAAAUGAAGAAAUCUUUGGUCCAGUCGUUUCUGUUGGUAAAUUCGUCGAUGAUGAUGAAGCCAUCAAAUAUGCAAACCAAACUGAAUACGGGUUGGGUGCAGCCAUCUUCACCAAGGAUAUCACCGUGGCCCACACCAUGGCCAGUGACGUCCAAGCUGGUAUGGUUUGGAUCAAUUCUUCCAACGAUUCCGACGUUCAUAUUCCUUUUGGUGGGGUCAAAAUGAGUGGGAUCGGUAGAGAAUUGGGUGAGUACGGUUUGAACAUGUACACCCAAGCCAAAGCCAUCCACGUCAACUUGGGCAGUAUGUUGUAGUAAGUAUAAAUAUUUAUUGAAUAUAUACAUAUAAUGAUUGA